AUGUUUUAUUCAUAAUUUUUUGUAGCACUAGGAGCCUCUUUAUUAUUUUAUGGAAUCUAUUUCAUAACAACUUCAGAAGCAGCAGUAAUAAAUUCCACUAAUGCAAUUUGGAGUUAGAUUAUAAGUUUAAUAGUUAAUAAAGAGCCAAUUACAAAAAGUAGAAUGAUUAAUACAUUUAUAUGCAUAAUUGGGAUUGUAUUAAUAAUGAAUCCGAAAUUAUCUCAAAAAAAUGAUAUGCAAAGAAUUAUUGCAUGUUUAAGUGUAUUGCUUUGUAGUGUUUUAUAAGCAUAUGGAUUUAUUAAAUUAAAGUAAAUUGGAAAGGAAAUAAGACCAACAAUUAUUACAUCCUAUUUUCAUCUUGCUGUUAUUUUGGUUAUGGGUGUUUAACACUAAUAUGUAACUACAUUUGAGUAUUUUGAUAACUAUUUUUUAUACAUAUUGGCUUAUGCAUUAUUUAGUUUAUCUGGACAUUUACUCUAGUUCAGAGCUUAAGCUUUAGUAUCUUUUGAUAAGAUAUGUAAUUAUCCAUUUUCUUUAAUGAUUUAUUAGAUAUUUUUUGAUUAUUUUUUAUUUGGAAAGAUUUUGCCAAUUCAAGGAUUUCUUGGAGGAGGAUUGGUAGUUUUUGGAAUCUUUAAAUAACUUUAAGAUGAUAAAAAAAUAAGAUGA